AUGUCACAAUUUGUUGAAAUAUUGGAUAACAUUUAUUCGUUAUAUCCCGAUUACGUAAAGAAUUUUAGUUUUGAAUAUGGAAAAACACCUCUGAGUCACUGGAGAUAUCCAUUCUUUUCAUUAAUAGCCUAUACAAUAUUUAUAUACCUUUUUCAAUUUAUAAUUAAUUUAAAAUAUCGGAAGGAGGAAAGGGUUUUUGAAUUGAAAAGGUUUACCUAUUUACACAAUUUAUUUCUUUGUAUACUUAGCUUGUUUAUGGCAACUGGCAAUUUAUUGGAAUCAAUACGGAUUUAUAUUAGAAAUGGAUAUUCUCUAGAGUCUGUAUUUUGUGAUCCACAAACAUCGACAACUGUUGGUCCAUUAAACUUUUGGACUUAUAUCUUUUAUUUAUCUAAACAUUACGAGUUGAUAGAUACAGUAUUGAUGAUUUUGAAAAGGAGACCACUAACUUUUUUGCACGUCUACCAUCAUAUAGUGACACUUGGCUUGGUUUAUGUCGCUCUUUGUGAUAAGAUGUCUCUUCAGUGGGUUGCAGUUGUGACGAAUGGCUAUAUUCAUGUAAUCAUGUACUAUUAUUAUUCAAGGGCGGCAAUUGGAAUUAAUGUAACUUGGAAGAAAUAUGUUACAAUACUUCAAAUAGGUCAAUUCGUACUUGAUCUAGUAGUUCCUCAAUUGUAUCUCUAUUAUUUAUAUGUGGCAGAAGUCAAAUGUAGUGGUAGUGAAGAGGUAUUAUGGCUUGGACAAGGUGUAAUUCUAAGUUUCUUGCUCUUAUUUCUUCAAUUUUAUGUUCAUACUUACCGAGUGGAAAGGAAAAAAGUUCACUAA